AUGGAAACAAGAAGCAAGACUGCUAAAGCCAGAAGUGAGAAUCUCAAACGUAUUGCUAUCAUGGAUAAAGCAAAGAGCAUCAAUACUGAACGAGACGCCGCGGGAGACAAGAUAUCUGCAAUCUCGUCCAGUAGACAUGAAAGAAGUGAUGGUAGACAAUCUGAGAGGAAUUCAGCAGCUAAAUCUAUCAGGUCGUCGCAUGCUAACAGUAAUUAUAGAAGAAAAAUGAUCGAAGCGCAGGUAAGAGCUGAUGAACAAAUGGCUAAAGUGUUAUCCAAACAGCUAGAAAUGGAAAAGCAAAUGAUUGAAAAUAGGUUGGCAUUGGAAAAAGCUAGACUGAAUGAGGAAUAUGACUUGGGGGUAGGUGAUUUACAUCAAUUUGAAGAUGAUACAUCUUGCUCAGUGGAUUCCAAAGUGAAAGUACGUGAGUGGUUACAAGACAUCGACGAAAGUGUCAAGAAUGUGACAGUUAUCGACAUAUUGAUCAGUAGAUAUGGUCGAGCAGAUUUGAUUGUGAAGAGUCUUGUCAACAAAGCAAAGCAUUUUCCUGUAAUGAAAAAUAAUGAUUUCAGAUCUUUAACCCAUUUUGCGGAAGACGUUUCUAAUCUGGUAGUCACCCUGGAAAUAAUGGAUAUGCGCAACUACUUGGAGUGUCCACAACUGCUCGAAGAGAUUCUACAAAAGUUACCAUACAACAUGCAGCUUUCAUGGGGCGAGAAAGUGCUGAAUGCGAAUGGAAGGAGCUCUCUUCGAGAAUUCAAGGAGUGGAUAUGGAGAAAGUCAGAAGCAGCUAGUUAUGCUCAGUCUAUGAAUGUUGUCGAGAGAGCGAAUACUGCUUUGCAAGGAUCUCCUCAGACUCAGAGUAUUGCUAAAAUAACGAUAGAAAGCAUCAAUUUGAAAGUGCCACAUCUCACACCCAACGAUGACAUAAAGUUGCAGUUGUUGACACGUAUCAAAGCAGAUGAGUCUAUGAUGAUACCGUUUCGCCGAUUUGAAUUGCACGAGCUACCAGCACUCACACAAGGAUCUACCAUAGAAAUCUGGUCCGUAAAGACAUGUUCUGCAUUGGACAGUCCAAGAUAUGUUAUAGUAUUUUUCCAAACGAAAAAAGCCGAUAAUUUGCAUGAAGACGUCACCUUGUUCGAUAAUGCCAACAUCAAAUCCAUACGAUUGGCUCUGAAUAGCGACUAUUAUCCGCAAGAACGAAUGCUAUUGGACUUUUCCCGAGACCAAUAUGCCGACGCAUACUUCAACUAUACAGAGUUCAACAAGAGCUACCAUAACUGUCAAGAAAAGCGCUCUCUAGUAAACUUUGCCGAAUUCAAAUCCCGACCAAUGUUUGUUAUCGAUUGCUCGAGGCGCCAUCUGGGUAAUUCAGUAUCAUUCAAUUCUUCCAAAGAACUAAUGUAA